UUUAAGAGAGAGAGAGAGAGAGUCCGGGCGGGCUAAACCCGGAGUAACGUGGGUGGGCCUUAUCUUCAUCUUCCUCACCACACAAACACAAAACACGCACACUCGUGGAUUUUCAGACUUUCAGAGUAAUCUCAUCGAGCAUGAUACUCCAUACGUUAUCUCCAUCGUCUCCUCCCAUUCACCGCCUCUAUCUCCAUCACUCUCAGAUUCUCCCUUCUUCUCCUGUAUCGCUCAAGCUCCAUCCCAAAACGAUAUCUUUACAGAUACAUGGAAGGACUAACGCAGAACUUGCUGCUAGAGGGUUACCGGUUUUGAAAAAAGCUUCUUUGAAGAAGCUACCGAGCAAAGGAUCUACCUUUCUGCUGGGGCAUAGCUUGUUGAUGGUCUCUGCUUAUCCACAGCUGGCAGCAGCGUCAGAGAUCGUGAAGCCUGAACCGAUUUACGAAGUUGGAGAGUUGUUUGAGCUAGGGAUUCAGCUUUCUUACUUGCUGUUGCUACUUGGUUUGCUCGGAGUUGGUACUUUCUAUGUGAUUCGCCAAGUACUUGUCCGCAGAGAACUUGACCUCUCUGCCAAAGAACUACAGGAACAAGUAAGGAGCGGGGAUGCAAGUGCAACAGAGCUCUUUGAGCUCGGUGCAGUGAUGCUGAGACGCAAAUUUUAUCCUGCAGCCAACAAGUUCUUGCUUCAAGCCAUCCAGAAAUGGGACGGUGACGAUCAAGAUCUUGCUCAGGUCUACAACGCUCUCGGGGUGAGUUAUGUCCGAGAGGACAAACUGGACAAAGGAAUCGCUCAGUUUGAAAUGGCGGUGAAGAUUCAGCCUGGUUAUGUAACGGCUUGGAACAACCUUGGAGAUGCUUACGAGAAGAAGAAGGAGCUGCCUUUGGCGUUGAAAGCGUUUGAAGAGGUUUUGUUGUUUGAUCCGAACAACAAGGUGGCUCGGCCUCGAAGAGAUGCGUUGAAGGAUCGCGUUAAGCUCUAUAAAGACGUUGUGGCGGUUAAGUCCAAGAAACGGUGACGAAGAAACCAAUAAACGGUGUCUCUCUCUUAUGUUUAAUUUUGUAAGGACAUUUUGUGUUACUGUUA